UGCCUGCAGCCGGAGGGAUGUGGAUUGAGGGGGGGGAUUAACAGCUGGAUCAGGGGGGAGGGAGAGCGGAUGACUCAUACUGUAUCAGCCAACAGAUAUAGUGAAGCCACAGCGGUGGUGUAUUUAUAUAAUGAUGCCUGUCUGUCCUGAGGACGCCAAAGAAAGAGUGAUGUUUCACACAGAAGUGGAGAACACAUGUUCAUCCAGCUGUUUCACCUGGGGCUGGUACUGAUGCCACGGGGUAACAGUGAGGAGAGGCUGACUCAGUUCAAACAACAACAACACACACACACACACACACACACACACCAGAAUUCUGUCCUUCCCUCUCAGGCUGCUGACGUCAUAAAAACCUGGCUCAUGGAAACACAGAGUCCUGAGAUCAUUCCAGUAAAAAUAAACUUUUACAAUAUUGUGGUUUGGAUUUUCAUUUUUAUUAAAAUGAGCAAAACAUACUUGAAUGACCACCUGUUAGCGGCAGCAUCACAACAAACAGCCCAUGACACACACACACACUCUCUCUCUCACACACACACACGCAGACACACACACACAGUAGUCACAACUGAAUGACGGCAGGUCGCCAUGGAAACUGCGUUACACUCCGGGCGGUUGGGGGAGAAAACAGGAGCUGGGACUCAUUCUGGACCUCAUUUCAGCACCACGCGUCUCCUGGACAGCGCCCGGAUGAACAGGCGCGCAGCCUCGUCCAUCCUCAGGCAGGGACUCCGCCGCAUCAGCAACACCGCGACCAACCAGAGAAAGCAGCAGCUCCGAGAGCAAAACAGAAACUGCAUCUGCGAGACACACGGGCUGAGCUGGACCGGAAGUCGGCGGCGACACGAGAAGACGAAUUCCGCCGAGCCAGGAGCCUGUCGCUCCUGCCACAGCCGCAGCAACAGGGCAGCAGUAUGCCUGAAACCAAAUCCAACCAGCGGUUCCACAGCCUGAAUGUUGAGCAGGUGGAGGUUCUCCAUCAGGUCCUAUCAGAGGUGGUUCCAAUCCACGGGCGCGGGAACUUCCCCACAUUAGAGCUGCGCCCUCGCGACAUCAUCAUCGCUGUACGGGCCAGGCUGCAGAAGCAAGGCAUCACCGUCAGAGAUGUCCGUCUGAACGGCUCCACGGCCAGCCACGUUCUGGUCCGGGACAACGGAACAAGCUAUAAAGACCUGGACAUCAUCUUCGGGGUGGAGCUGCCCAGUCAGGAGGAGUUCCAGGUAAUUAAAGAGUCCGUCCUGGGCUGCCUGCUGGACUGCCUACCUGCGGGGGUGAACAGGGAGAGGAUCAGCAGCGCGACGAUGAAGGAGGCCUACGUCCAGAAGAUGGUGAAGGUCUUCAACGAACACGACCGCUGGAGCCUCAUCUCCCUCUCCAACAACAGCGGCAAAAAUCUGGAGCUGAAAUUUGUGAACGCGCUAAGGAGACAGUUUGAGUUCAGCGUGGACUCCUUCCAGAUCAUUCUGGAUCGUCUCCUGGAGUCCUACAUGCAGCAGGGGGCGCUGCACAAGAGGAACUCCUACCUCGUCGUCCUGGCAGAGAGCAUGUACGGAGACUUCGACGCAGCCAUGGACCAUCUGCGCUACCGGUUGAUCGCCACCAGGAACCCGGAGGAGAUUCGAGGCGGCGGUCUGUUGAAGUACAGCAACCUGUUGGUCAGGGACUACCGACCGACCAGCGAGACGCAGAUAAAGACGCUGGAGCGCUACAUGUGCUCAAGGUUUUUCAUCGAUUUCCCGGACGUGCAGGAGCAGCAGAGGAAGAUUCUGUCCUACUUGAAGAACCACUUCAUCGGCGAGGAAAGAAGCAAGUACCAGUACCUGAUGACGCUGCGCCGCGUGGUCGACGACAGCACGGUGUGUCUGAUGGGACACGAGCGGCGCCAGACUCUUAACAUGAUCACUGUACUAGCACUGAAGGUUCUGGGAGAGCAGAACAUAAUCCCCAACACAGACCAUGUGACAUGCUUCUACCAGCCUGCCCCUUACCUGGCAGAGCACAGUGCCCCCUACCUGGCAGAACCCAGCUACUGCAGCUACUAUAUACCCCAGGGUGCAGGGACAACUCUGCUCUAUCAACCUUACCCCUUACACCUACACUCACAGACUGGACUGGUCUAACACACACACACACAUAUACACACACACAAACACCACAUGACUGAGCACGACUAAAGUAAUCUGAUAAUCUGAAAAAUGGAAAUAUAAUCCAGGGAUAAACUGUUUGGUCUAUAGUAGACCUUUGGGGGAGGGGGGGAGUCGGAGGAGGAGAUGGGAGGGAAGGGGUGAGGGACUCUGUGUGGUUAGGAUUUUAGACAAAUGCUGUCUGCACUGCAUGAGUCAUAGCCCUGUGAGAUAUCAACUGUGCUGUUGACAUUCACACACACACACACACACACAUACACGAAC